GGGCCGCCGGGUGGCGCUGGCGCCCCGUUAGCACAACCGCCGCCGCCAGCCCUCCUCGCUCCGGCCGGUUCUUUGCGGCGCGUCCCGCACCAUGGAGGCGCCCCCCGUGACCAUGAUGCCCGUCUCGGGCGGCACCAUCAACAUGAUGGAGUACCUGCUCCAAGGGAGCGUGCUGGACCAGUGCCUGGAGAGCCUGCUGCACCGGCUGCGCGGCCUCUGCGACAACAUGGAGCCGGAGACCUUCCUGGACCACGAGAUGGUGUUCCUGCUGAAGGGGCAGCAGGCCAGCCCCUUCGUGCUGCGGGCGCGGCGCUCCAUGGACAAGAGCGGCAUGCCCUGGCAUUUGCGGUACUUGGGACAGCCGGAGAUCGGCGACAAGAACCGCCACGCGCUGGUGCGCAACUGCGUGGACAUCGCCACUUCGGACAACCUGACAGACUUCCUGGUGGAGAUGGGCUUCCGCAUGGACCACGAGUUCGUGGCCAAGGGGCACGUGUUCCGCAAGGGCAUCAUGAAGAUCAUGGUGUACAAGAUCUUCCGCAUCCUAAUGCCAGGAAACACAGACAGCAUCGAGCCACUCUCCCUCUCCUACCUGGUGGAGCUCAACGUGGUUGCGCCAGCGGGACAGGACAUUGUUUCUGAUGACAUGAGGAACUUUGCUGAGCAAUUGAAGCCUCUAGUGCACCUGGAAAAAAUUGACCCCAAAAGGCUAAUGUGAUUGAAAGCGGGGCAGUCAAGGCAUUGGUUUUGUUAGUGUUUCUGAGGAGGUUGUUUUUCUAAAAAGCCUGUUGAGGGGAAAUCGAAUCAGGGAGAGGGGAAUAAAGGACUACCUGUCAGUUUUGUUAGUUGCAGUUACUGGGUGUUUUUCCUUCACUUGUGGAUGUGAACAAGAGCAGACAGUUUAAAUCAGUGCUAUUCAAAACAUCAGUAAAUGCUAAUUAUUGGUAUUUUUCCUUCCUUUGUUGGGGAGAUACCUGCUAGAAAGCAAAUUGUCUAACAAUCCAAAACCAUCAGACUUGAGUUCAUCCUUCUGUGUACCCACAUCCUGGUGAGGCCUUUUUUUUUUUUUUUCCUUUUUUUUUUAAUUUUUUUACUUUAUUUUGAAGGACCAUUUGUGUGUUCUACCUGGUCAUCCAAAGCUUUUCCUUCAAGGAAUACAUGAAGUUAAUAUCAUUAGUGCAGGACACCACCUUAGUGCAGGAGGUGUUUAAUGCAAGCAUAAACCCAAGAACGACACGAUAUCAAAGAGCAAGUGUACACGUACUCACAACAGGACAGUAAAGUGAUAGCCUAUGUAACAGGAACAGCUAGGACACAUGACACAUUAUAGUGAAACUGCUUCUGAUACAACCAGUGUUAGAACUGGAAAACAAUUUAGCAAUAUUUACAAUUGCUAGAGGUUUUCAAAUCUUUUAACACUUCCAUCUUUUUCUCUGAAGUUGGGUAUGGCAGUCUUAGUCAAUGAGAAAGCAGUAGAUUACUGUGAGAAGUAGACUUCUCACAGCUGACAGGCAUAUUGAAAAUUGACACAUUAAACAAGAGCAUUAUGGAACCGCUAAUUGAAUUGAACUAGUGAUGAUUUUGUUCAGCACGCCUCUUUUGAUAUUAGGUUGGUUAGUUACCUUCCCUCUAUUUUAAUGAUAUUUGAAUUAGGUUUCAGAGUUUUCAAAUACAGUUCAAACAAAAGAAAAAUAAAAGGUUGCGAAAAACAACAAA